AUGAGUGUCAUUACCCUCCCCCAUCCAAUCAUCCCUGAUUCCUCCAUCUGGAUGCUUGGUCCAGCCCCUACCAUCUACACCACCCCAUCCCUCACGGCCAACCUCGUCUGUCGCGUCUUCUUUGGCAUCCUCGCCAACCUCGUCUGCCUCAUCCCCCUCCAACUCCUCUACCGCAACGGAGAAUUCGCCGCCGUCGUCUUCAUCCUCAACGUCGAGCUAGAGAACCUGCGCAACAUUGUCAACGCCCUCAUAUGGCGCAACGACGACGUGGAAUCAUGGUGGCCCGGUUACGGCUUGUGCGACGUCGACGCCUUCCUGCACAACUUUUGCAUCAGCAUCUUCGCAACAUGCCUGCUGGCCAUCAUGCGGAACCUGGCCAUCCAGGUCGGUAGUCUGAGGGCCAACCCGCCGUCUCGGAGGGAGAAGCGAAGGCGUAACAUCAUCCAAGCCCUCAUCAUAUUCCCGUUGCCGCUGAUGCAGGUUGCCUGGACGUAUCCGCUUGCGCAGCAACGAUAUUACGUCGGCACCUUGGUUGGGUGUUACUGGCCGAACGCAUCUGCCUGGCCUUCCAUCGUCUUCGAAAUCCUCCCACAAGCAGUUGUGUCUCUUGCCACGGCCGGCUAUGCAAUCUUCAUCUACAUACGCUUCCGCCAGAUCUCAAAGUCAACUCAGUCUGCUCUCUCCAGCAACCCCCUUGCUCACGUCCGCAACCAACGAGCCCGCCGCCGCCUCUAUCUCAUGGUCAUCUCCAUUCUCAUACCCUUCCUCCCCGUCAUUCUUGCCCUGGCAGCCAUCAACAUUAGGAAUGUUAUGCCAUUAGAGCCUUUCGACUUCAAAGCCAUCCAUACGAUACCAAUCUUCGUCUUCUUCGGCAUGACCAAAGACGCCAUGAACAGCUAUCGAGUCAUUCUCUUAUCCGCCAAAAAGAAUCCAACCUCCUUGGGCGUCCUCUCAAACAUAUUGUCCAACAAAACCACAUCGUCAACUAUCCAACAACCUCUUCCCACGGCAUCUCUCCCCAUACACAGCCAAGACGUCCCCAUUCAAUUGCCUCAACCCAACCCAUUUCUCUUCCGCACCCGCCUCAACUUCUCCCUUCCAUUCAGUCUCUCGCUCUUCAAGCAUCCAGAGACAAAGCCAUCUUCAACCCCACUGGAACCACUCAGCUAUCAACCCACCCACCAAUCCACCUGGUCAGACGAGGAAGCCAAGCUCUUCGUCCCUCCUUCAGCUUCUGCAUCGGGCCAGGCUACUUCGAAUGACAAUAGUAGAAACGAAAACGAUCUUACCAUCACGACCCUUCCACCAGUGCUAUCUCUCGACUCUACACUGAACCGGCCCAAUGGCGAUAGAGAACAUUAG